CAUCUUUACCAUCUGAUCUAAAUUUUCUACAUUGCUCGUCACUUUAACUUUCACCCAAGCUUUCGGACCCAGCCAGUCAUGUCCCCACGGACGAUAUCCAAGGAACCCGAACGCACACCAACACAAGUGGAUCCAGAGACGCAAUCGCCGGAGCGAGAAGGAUAUUAUGAUGGCCCAGAGGGGCUGGAGAGGAUGAUAUCCGUGACUGCAGCUGGAGCUGCAGGGGCCGUGCAGAUGCCCGACGAAGGACGGCCUGAAAGCGGCUUCCCCGACCUGCGGCCUGCCCAAACAAAUUUGACCACAACGUCCAACAAGCCAUAUAGCGCCUUCUCCGACGGGCAGAAGUGGUUUAUCGUUAUCUUUAGUGCCUUGGGCGCCAUCUUUUCGCCAAUAUCGACCAUCAUCUAUGCUCCUGCUAUCCCUACUCUAGUGGAAGCAUUCCAUACGACCACCGAGAAGAUCAAUAUAACGGUCACAGUAUACCUCAUCUUUCAGGCGCUGACUCCUUCAAUAUGGGGGUCAGCUGGAGAUUCAUAUGGCCGACGCCCGAUCUUCAUCAUAUGUCUUCUCGUCUACCUUCUGGGAUGUGUCGGAAGCGCGCUGUGUCCCACCAACGCCUACUGGCUGCUCAUGCUUAUGCGCAUCGUUCAAUCGUCGGGCGGAUCUCCUGUCAUCGCUAUCGGAGCUGGAAUCAUCGCAGACAUUGCUCGACCUCAAGAGAGAGGGAGAUAUUUGGGAAUCUUCAAUCUGACGUCUACAAUGGGCCCCACUUUGGGCCCUUUGAUAGGUGGUUUAUUGUCUUACGGCCUAGGAUGGCGGUCAAUCUUUUGGUUCUUGGUCAUAUUCUGCGGUGCAGUGACGGUGCCGAUGAUCUUCUUCUUCCCAGAGACUCUUCGAUCACUAGUGGGAGACGGCUCAAUUCCACCUCCCUUGACCAAUUGCACCGUUCCUAUAUAUCUGCAAAGAAGGAAAGAGAAGAAGAUGUUGGAGGAGCGAGGAGAGCAGUUGCCAGUCUCCACCACCCAUAGGGCAAAGUUCCAGCCUUGGUCAUCCUUCGCGCUCUUGUUGGAGCCUGAGAUUGCCCUCAUGUUCUUGUCAUCAUCCUUGUACUACGCCCUGUGGUAUGCUCUUCUAACCAUCUUCUCGACGCUGCUGAAGACAGAGUAUGGCAAGAACGAUGUCAUCAUCGGUCUUUGCUACAUCCCGAACGGAGCCGGAUCGGCGAUAUCCGGCUACUUGUCAGGCCGCAUCAUGGAUAUCAUGUAUCAGAGAGAAAAGAAGCGAGUAGGAGGUGACCACAGACAAUGCCCCGAGACAUUCCGAUUUGAGCGAGUCCGCUUAAUCAUUCUACCUUUCCAGCUGACCAUACUGGUGGCUUCUAUCCUGGGCGUGGGGUGGAGUAUGGAAGCCCAUGCUCCUAUGGCUGUGCCGGUCGUACUCAACUUUUUUGUCGGGGUUGGGACAGGCUUCCUUACCACCACCACUAUCUACGGGAUUGAUAGUGUACCAGGAAAGGGUGGAGCUGUCACAGCUUCAGUACGCAAUUCGUCGGUUCGGAACACACUCAUACUGACUCGAGACGUAGUUCAACCUCGUUCGAUGUGCCUUUGGUGCCGUGACGGUAUCCACUGUCCAACUGAUCUGCGAUCGCAUGGGUGUUGGAUGGUGCUUCGUCCUCCUUUCAGCUAUAUGUGUAGCUUCGUCUCCGCUUUUGCUUCUGAUCGUCAAGUAUGGUCCGAUAUGGAGGGCUCGAAGGAGGGCAAAGGCCAAGGCCCAAGAGGCGGAGAAGAAGGCGGAGGAGGCGGGGCAUCCUACUCCCCUCGAAGAUAAGAAAUGAAGGAGGGUCUGAAACUGGAGAGAGUGCCGUCCUUUGGAUAACGGAGAAGCGUAUUUCGUGACCCAGUAUGGCGCAAGAGAGCGAUUUGCCACGGACUGCGAAACCUUCCAGGAAGGUUGGGUGACCGGGGGGGCGAUCCCUGCCUCGAGGAAGGACACACCCUUGAGUAGCCCGCAGGACGAACCUGUACGUUGUACGACGCCUCAUGCCUACCUAUAAUCAUCGAUAAUGCAAGAGCAGUACAAUAAUAAUACAUGGGCGGGCAAAGGGAGACAUGCCAUGUUGAAAUAGUGCGCACGGACCCCCGCGAGUCGCGUCAACCGAGGGCCCGAGCGUGUCUGAUGG